CGCAGUGCUAUUUUUCUCUAAACUUUGCUCGCGCCCUCAGCUGACUGACUGAGUCUCUGCCGCUUUUUUUGGUUUUUCUACUCGUACAAUCUGCAUUAAUGUCUGUUGGCUGGCGCUCUGUGAUCUCCCUCCACUCAGCGGAGCCGCUCCUGAGCUCGACUCCUCUUCGCUCCGCACCGCAGAGGUUGUGAGAUCUUCGAUGUCUGCCAGGGGAAAUGAUCCAGACUGGAACAGAGCCAGAGCCUGCCACAGCCAGUCAUAAGGAGGCGCUCUCUGUGGUGAGUGAGGAUCAGUCUCUGUUUGAGUGUGCCUACAGCGUGGCCCAGCAGGGUAAAGCAGAGAUGACAGCGUCGGCGGCCAGCGAGUACGGUCAGAGCAAACUGAGCCCACGAGCGCCUCAGGACUGGCUGACCGCUCCACCUGGCCGUGUCACCAUCAAGAUGGAGUGCGGCAGCGGAGGAGGGCCCGCAGGAGCUGGCGGGGGCGGAGGAGGAGGGGGGCAGGUGAAUGGCUCCAGGAGCUCUCCUGAUGACUGCAGCGUGGGUAAAGGCAAGAUAGCAGGAGGAGGAGACGGUGCUCCAAUGACUUACAGCAGCUACAUGGAAGACAAACACAUACCCCCACCUAACAUGACCACCAAUGAGCGUAGAGUCAUCGUUCCUGCAGACCCCACACUGUGGUCGGCGGAUCAUGUGCGUCAGUGGCUGGAGUGGGCAGUGAGGGAGUACGGCCUGCUGGAGGUGGACGUGUCUCUGUUCCACAGCAUCGAUGGGAAGGACCUGUGUAAGAUGACCAAAGAGGACUUCCAGCGCCUCACGCCCAGCUACAACGCUGACAUCCUGCUGUCCCACCUGCAUUACCUGCGCGAGACUCCACUUCCCCACUUGACCUCAGACGAUGUUGACAAAGCCUUGCAAAACUCUCCGCGGUUAAUGCAUGCCCGUAACACAGGAGGUGCAAGCUUCAUCUUCCCCAAUACGCCUGUCUACCCACCUGACACCCCCCGGGCCCCCGCUAGACCAGAUUUGGCUUAUGAAGCUGCCAGACGAUCUGCAUGGCCACCUCAAUCAGCAGCGGUCAAUAAAGUCUCACAGUCCUCGCCAGCCAUUGUCACCAAAACAGAGGAGCAGAGGCCACAGCUUGAUCCAUAUCAAGUUUUGGGACCCACAAGUAGCAGGUUGGCAAACCCAGGCUCAGGUCAGAUCCAGCUGUGGCAGUUCCUGCUGGAGCUGCUGUCGGACAGCUCCAACUCCAGCUGCAUCACGUGGGAGGGCACCAACGGUGAGUUCAAGAUGACGGACCCGGAUGAGGUGGCGCGGCGCUGGGGCGAGCGCAAGAGCAAACCCAAUAUGAACUACGACAAGCUGAGCCGCGCGCUGCGCUACUACUACGACAAAAACAUCAUGACCAAAGUGCACGGCAAGCGCUACGCCUACAAGUUCGACUUCCACGGCAUCGCUCAGGCCCUGCAGCCGCACCCGCCAGAGUCCUCUGUCUACAAGUACCCCACGGACCUGCCCUACAUGAGCUCCUACCACGCCCACCCGCAGAAGAUGAACUUUGUGUCCCCUCACCCCCAAGCACUGCCUGUCACAUCGUCCAGCUUUUUCGCCGCACCCAACCCCUACUGGAGCUCACCCUACCCCGGCCCGCGUCACCCAGCCGCCCACAUGCCCUCCCACCUGGGCACCUAUUACUAGACUGGAGAAAUGGGGAAGGUAAAAACAUCUCACCUGAGUCCAACUGGAGCGCCCCCCCCAGAGGCUAAAAUGGGCAAACGGGGGAAAACUGAGCCCACUGAGCCAAGCACCGCUGCAGAAAUCAUCCAGGUGCAGAAUUAAAACAGGAGACACGAGGGACCUGAGGAAAUGUACAGUAAUUGUCUCACAGGGCUGGGGGAGGUAGGGAGGGGGAGGCGCACCAUUAUAAAAAACUAGUUUGAAUUUGGGAUGUUGCAUGUAAUGUUUAGACCAGGGGUGCAUUGAAUUUACUAGAUUCAGACGUGUACAUCAUUGCCGCUUGAAUAAAUUGUAUAACAUGAGUACAAUUAGUGGCCAAAGAAGGUAAACGGAAAGUUGUGUUGCUACUGUGCAAAAGUCAAAGACCACCCCUUAUUUACAUUGGAAAAACAUAUUGUAUUGUCGGUAUAGAGUAAUACAUAGGGCAGGCCAUGAUUCUGCUGAAGUACUGCUCGUUUGUCAGCACCAGGCAGAAAGGCUCAUAAACAUAGCCAUACAAUUCUAAUCAAUGGUAAACACCCACUCUAACAAACCCAACUCCACCACACAAAAUAACACAAUAAACACAUACCACAUUCCUUUAACUGACUAUCAGCCACAUGAACAAUAUUAAGUCCAUAUUUAGGGGAGCGUGCACCUUCCAUGAGACUCUUUGCAUGGCCCUCUGAUUUUCCACACCUCCUCCAAAUUUCCGUCUUAGAAGUUGGUUGCGUUUUCGGUAGUGAUUCAGUCAUGUUGACGUCUGGGCCUUGGGCACAGCCACCUGUGGAUUUUUUCAGAUCUGAAGCAGCAGUGGAGCUUGAUGUUCUCCUCUCUCUCAAACCUGAACACUUUAAGUAACAUUAUCUGAUAGUGACAGUUUUGGGGUCUUGCUAGGAAUCUUCACUACAGAGCUUUCUCUAUAUUUACAUUUAGGCAUUUGGCUGACGCUCUUAUCCAGAGCGACUUACAAUUUGAUCAUUUUUUACACAAGUAGGCGGAGGUGGUGUUAGGAAUCUUGCCCAAGGACUCUUAUUGGUACAGUGUAGGGGGCUUACCCAGG